UCACGUGAGCCCCGUCUGGGGAGUGCGCACGCGCCCCGGCUCCCGAUUUGGCGUUUGGAAGCGAGAGGCGUCCGUCCAGAAUGUCAAGCAAAGAAGUGAAGACAGCUCUUAAAAAUGCUAGAGAUGCAAUCAGAAACAAAGAAUACAAAGAAGCUUUGAAACAUUGUAAGACAGUUUUGAAACAAGAGAAAAAUAACUAUAAUGCCUGGGUUUUUAUUGGUGUUGCUGCAUCCGAGUUAGACCAGCCUGAUCAGGCCCAGGGUGCCUAUAAGAAAGCUGCUGAACUAGAGCCAGACCAAUUAUUAGCAUGGCAGGGGUUAGCAAGCUUAUAUGAGAAAUGUAAUCACAUAAAUGCUAAGGACGACUUACCUGCUGUCUACCAAAAGCUUCUAGAUCUAUAUGAAAGUGUUGACAAACAGAAGUGGUGUGAUGUCUGUAAGAAACUUGUGGAUCUGUAUCACCAAGAAAAGAAACACAUCGAGCUUCUCACAGCUUUUGAGAAUGCACUGGACUUAACAGAGAGGGUUCCGAGUGAAGAUCACCGAGUACUUUAUAGACAGUUCAUUCAGUGUCUGUCCAAGUUUCCUCAUGAGACGGCUCGGUUGAAGAAGGCCUGUGAAGGAAUGAUAGAUCUCUAUCCCACUGAGCAAUAUCCAUUAGAAGUGCUUUGUUUGCAUUUAAUUGAGUCAGGAAGUCUUACUGAUGAAGCACAGCAGUAUUAUUGCAGAUUAGUGGAAAUGGAUUCAAGAAGUGGUCCAGGCCUCAUUGGCUUAGGCAUUAAAGCAUCACAUGACAAAAAAUAUGAAGAUGCUAUAAAGAGCCUAACAGAAGGGUUAAAGGAAAGCCCUCUCUGCACAAUCGGAUGGUAUCAUCUGGCAGAAGCCCAAGUCAAAAUGCAUAAACCUAAGGAAGCGAUACUUUCAUGCAAUCAAGCUCUGAAGAAAAUAGAUAAUCUCGGGGUGUCUGCUGGCAGCCUUCAUCAGAAGAAUCGCUGUCUUCAUUUGAAAGCAGAUGCUUUGAUUAAACUUUCAGAUUAUGAAGCUUCAAACGAAGCUAUUCAAAUUCUUGAUCAGGUUUCUGAUGCAAAUAAUAUCCCAGGACUUUUGAUUCUCAGGAGCUUGGCCUAUCUGAACAAAGGCUUAUUAGAUGAUGCUACAAAGAUUCUGGACGACCUUCUUGCUUCUUACCCCGACCUAGCUAGUGUACAUGCCCUUCAGGCUUCGAUUCAUUUUACCCAGAAGGACUACCUACUGGCAGAAAAAUGUUUUCAGAGGGCUCUUGAGAAGGACCCUGAAGUUGCUGAGUAUCACUACCACCUGGGGCUAACAUACUGGUCCAUGGGUGAAGAAACAAGAAAAGAUAAAACAAAGGCUUUUACUCACUUUCUGAAGGCUGCAAGACUGGACCCGUACAUGGGCAAAGUUUUCUGCUAUUUAGGUCGUUAUUACAGAGAUGUAGUGGGAGAUAAAAACAGAGCCCGUGGGUGUUACAGGAAAGCGUUUGAAUUAGAUGACACUGAUGCCGAAUCAGGAGCUGCAGCUGUUGACCUAAGUGUAGAGCUCGAAGAGAUGGAAACUGCCUUAGCUGUCCUCACUGCAGUAACUCAGAAGGCAAGUGCUGGAACUGCAAAAUGGGCCUGGCUCCGGCGAGGACUCUACUAUUUGAAAGCAGGUCAACAUGCUCAAGCAGUGGCUGAUUUACAGGCAGCCUUAAGGGCAGACCCAAAGGACUUCAAUUGUUGGGAGUCGUUAGGAGAGGCAUACUUAAGCAGAGGUGGCUAUACGACUGCUUUGAAAUCCUUCAUCAGAGCCAGUGAGCUGAACCCAGAAUCCACAUACAGUGUGUUCAAGGUUGCAGCAAUUCAGCAAAUCCUAGGGAAAUAUAAGGAGGCUGUAUCACAAUACCAGCUGAUUAUUAAAAAGAACGAAGAUUAUGUACCUGCAUUGAAAGGUCUGGGUGAAUGCCAUCUCUCGAUGGCAAGGGCAGCUCUAGUCGAUUACCUGGAUGGGAAAGCUGUGGACUACGUAGAAAAGGCACUGGAAUAUUUUACUUGGGCUCUGCAGCAUCGCGCUGAUGUGUCUUGCCUUUGGAAACUGCUGGGAGAUGCAUGCACCAGUCUGUAUGCGGUCUCUCCGUCUAAAGUGAAUGUUAAUGUUUCAGGAGCCCUUCUAGGUCAGAAAGAAGGCAAACAAGUAUUGAAGAAAACUGAGCUCCUCCAUCUUGGGGGAAGGUGUUACGGCCGUGCGUUGCAGCUGAUGUCUGCAUCUAGUACAUGGUGCGAUCUUGGAAUUAAUUAUUAUCGACAAGCACAACAGUUAGCUGAAACAGGCGACAAUAUGGAUGAUCUUAAAGAGUUGUUGGAGAAAUCUUUACAUUGUCUGAAAAAGGCCAUCAGACUGGACAGUAAUAACCACUUAUACUGGAAUGCACUUGGUGUAGUCACUUGUUAUGAUGGCAUUAGAAAUUAUGCCCUUGCUCAGCACUGUUUCAUCAAGUCCAUCCAGUUGGAACAGAUUAAUGCUGUUGCAUGGACAAACUUGGGAGUGUUAUACCUUGCAAAUGAAAAUAUUGAGCAAGCACAUGAAGCUUUCAAGAUUGCUCAGUCUCUAGAUCCAUCUUAUUUAAUGUGCUGGAUUGGACAAGCUCUUAUUGCUGAGACAGUUGGCAGUUAUGACACCAUGGAUCUCUUCCGACACACGACGGAACUCAGUAUGCAUACGGAAGGUGCAAUCGGUUAUGCAUAUUGGGUGUGUACAACGUUGCAAGAUAAAAGCAACAGGGAAACAGAGCUGUACCGCUACAACAUUCUCCAGAUGAAUGCAAUUCCGGCAGCACAAGUUGUUUUGAAUAAAUACACAGAAAGACUUCAGGAUUACGCUCCAGCUUUCUCCAUGUUGGGUUACUUAAACGAGCACCUACUACUGACAAAGGAAGCGGCUAAUGCGUACCAGAGGGCAAUUUUAUUGUUACAGGCUACAGAAGACCAAGGUACUUAUAAUGCUACAGUAAGAAAUUAUGGCAGAUUGUUAUGUUCCAUUGGCGAAUAUGAUAAAGCUAUCCAGGCUUUUAAAUCAACAUCCCUUGAAGAGCUGGAAGACAUCAUAGGUCUUGCAUUAGCUUUAUUCAUGAAGGGUCUCUAUAAAGAGAGCGGCAAAGCCUAUGAAAGAGCCUUGUCUGUUGUUGAAUCAGAGCAAGAUAAAGCACAUAUCUUGACAGCUCUGGCAAUAACGGAGUAUAAACAAGGAAAAAUGGAUGUAGCCAAGACGUUGCUCUUUAAAUGUUCUAUCUUAAAGGAACCAACUGUGGAAAGCCUCCAAGCCCUGUGUGCUCUAGGAUUGGCAAUGCAGGAUGUUACACUCUCCAAAGCAGCACUGAAUGAAUUACUGAAGCACAUCAGACAGAAAGACAAGGAGUAUCAGAGGUGCCUUCUGACUUCAGCUGUGUACGGGCUCCAGGGCCACAGCGUGGCCGUACAGAGACAAGCCGCCAAAGCUGUUCACAGUAACCCAGCCGACCCUGCUCUUUGGUCUCUGUUGUCCCGAGUGACUGCUCAGCAUGCUCAGCGAAAUGCAAAAGGAGGUGCUGUAGCAGGACUUGUGGCUCAUAUACUGGACUCAAAUCAUGGAAAGAAGGCACUACUGUACACAGCAGUGAAUCAGUUGUCCAUGGGAAGCAGUUUAGCCGAUGAUGGAAAAACUAUUGCUCUAAAGACCAUUCAGAAGGCAGCUUUCCUUUCUCCAGGCGACCCUGCUGUUUGGGGCGGGCUAAUGGCAGCCUGUUAUGCUGAUGACAAGCUGGCUCUACUGAACAAAACUCAGCCAAAGAGGAUGGAUGUAUACUUAGCACUCUUGUCUGCUAUUUCUGCUUCCUUAAAAGAAAAUGCAUUCCCUGAGAAGUAUAAACAAUCACUGGAGAAGUGGUCUCUCUCCCAAACGGUCAGUGGGCUCCUCGAGACUGGAAGAACGCCCGAAGCUGAAGCCCUGUGUGCACAGAAUUUAAAAAGUAACCCUGAUCAGCCAGCUGUUGUCUUACUUUUGAGACAAGUUCAGUGUGAACCACUCUUGGGGUCACAGAAACCUCUCCCAGAUGCCGUUCUCGAAGAGCUGCAAAAAGCAGUGAUGGCUAACUCAGCCUCUGUUCCUGCCUGGCAGCCUCUAAUACAGUAUUACCAUAUAUACUUGAUUUUUGGAAAAGCAAAUAUAUCCAGUGAUCACUGGCCAUCCUUGGUCAAAGAAGCCACAACCGAGGCCUCGAAGCUUUGCUUUUGUCCCCUGGCUGUUCUUGUCCAAGCUUUGCUGCAAUUCAACUGCAAAAUGGGUGCAAGAGAGACACGGCGACUGUUGGAGAGAGUGGUUUAUCAGCCUGGGUAUCCCAAAUCUAUUGUAUCAACGGCUCGUUGGUACCUGCUGAGACACUUACAUGCCAAAAAUGACUACGAGCUAAUUGAUGUGCUAGUAAAUAAUGCCAAAACUCAUGGCGAUACAAGAGCCUUGGAACUGAAUCAGAAGUUGUCUUCACAGUAGCAGUGGAUUAUUUUAUUAUAAACAAGCGAAGAAGAACCUGUAAGAAAGAAUGAAGCAAUGAAUCAAGGCGUCCCUGCAGGCAACAUUUUCUUUAAACUAGAGUCAACUAUUAGCUACUCCUUUUCUCUCUCAAAUCUUAAAAAGCUGAAGUUCUUAAGCAAGUGAUGUAAUUUCCAUGAACUGUUCGUUUAACUUUCAUCUGAAAAACAUGUUUGAAUUUGGGGAGUCCAUAAUGAAAGGAAAACCAUGACUGCCCAGAGUUCUUCCAUAACCAUUUGUAAACCAUUGUUUGCUACAUCUUCUGUGGUCCACAGUAGGAUUCCUCUUUUUGUAAUCCCUUAAAAAAAGCCUUGUGGAAUUUUCUAAAUAAUAUGCAAAAGCAGAUUCCCACAAUGUAGAAUUUUCAUUUGUCAAAAAGUAAGUUAAAUUCUAUGAAUACUUCAUUUCAGCAGAGCAAGUCAUGAUGAAAUCCAGUCUUGUAACUUAUUUUAUUAUGAGUUCAUCUCAGAUUAUGUUGAAGAAUCAUAAUAUAAAUGUUUCAGUGAGUCUUAGACUGCUAAUGCAUUUAUUUAUGUAACUUAAUACUCAAGUGUGUGACUAUAUUUAAAAAUAUUAAAUGGGAUGGUUUGGACAGUAGUGCUGACAGUAGUUAAUCAAUCAUGUAAUUCUUUCAAUUAUGAAAAGACUGAUCUUUUUAAAUAGAAAAAAAUACAGUGUCAUAUUUUCUUUAUCAGGUGUAAUCUCCAAAUUUCAUAUUUUUAAACCUGAAAGAACCGUUAUCUAUUUUAUGAGUUUUUUCAAACGGCUUUUACUUUUAAUAUUUUAAGAAAUUUGUCAUUUACUUUUGGUUUUACUUCAGAUUUACUAUGACUUUUAGAAAUAUGUUCAGAUGCUGACAUUUAUUUAUUGUACGGAAAUGGAUGUGGUUGUAUAUGUUAUGUAUACUUUUUUCUAAAUGAGCACCUUCACAUUGUUGCUGCAUUAUAUAAUUUUUGGCAAGCCACUCAGUUCCUUUGAGUGUUAAGUUUCCUAUAUGCUAUGCAUGUUAUAUAUAGAUAUGCAGUAAUUAAAAUAUACUUCUCAGAGUGAUCUACUGAACUGAACUGUAAAAGCGGUAAACCCCACAUUGAACUGAACAUUGUAAUUAUUUGAAAUGAAUAAAGAAAUUCAGACCUA